CUUCUUCCACUCUACCCCCUCCCCCUCCGACUCCGCUUCGUCUUCUUCCUCCUCCCCGAGACCUCACCUCGUCGCCGAUGGCGUCGCAGGACGGCGGCGCGAGCGCGUGGGGCGGCGGAGGGGAUGGGGACUCGCUCUUCGAGGGGAUGGUCCUCUUCACCCCCUCCCUCUCGGUCGAUCCCGAUCCCGAGCCGUCCGUCGUCGAGGCCCCCGACCCCAAGCCGCCCACCCCUUGCGACGACCCCGGCGCCGGUGCUGACGUGGUUGCCGGCUUCCAGCAGCAGCAGCCGCCGCUGCCGCUGGAUGAGGACCUGUUCUCCGAUCUCACCCUUCUCUCCCCGCAGUCGCCCGUAGACCUGAGUGCUGCCCAGGGUCAAGAUCAGGGCCACUCGGCCGCCGCGCCCCCCUCGCCGGCACCGGCGCCGGCUGCUCCCGUAGCCGUCCUCUCCCGGCAGGCGUCCUCCUCGGCCUCCUCGUCGCUCCGCAAGAAGAAGAGGGCCGUGCGCAUCGGGUAUGGCCGCUCGCCUCAACCCGCGCCUCCUUCCCCUCCUGCCGUUGCAACUGCUACUACCGCCGCCACCGCCACCGCGGCUGCUACGGCUAGUGUAAUCCAUAGCAAUAGCAGUAGCCUCCCCGACGCUUCGACGCAUCAAUCCGCUCCUAGUGUCCAUGCCCAGCACCUCGAGCAGCUUGGUAAUGGCGGUGAACAAGCGGCAGUGGCAGCGCCGGUGGAUCCGGAUGAGAAUUCUCUUACUGUGAAAGAGGAGGCAAAAGAAGAGGAUGGUGAGUUGGAGGAGGGUGGAAGUGCUGAGGCUGCAGCACUGGGGAUUGAGGAGAGAUUGGCUCAUCUUAGAUCUCAAAUCUCCGGCAAGUUCGAAUCAGUCCAGCAGAGAGCUAUUGCUGUCGCUGCCAAGAGGAGGCAGCUAGCUGGUAGGCGGAGAAAGGUCGCGGAGGACGUGGGCUCUGCGGCAGCCAGGCACAAGGAUUUGGAGAGGGAGCUUGAAGAGUCGUGCGAGGCCGAGGACUUUGAGAGGGCCGAGAAGAUCAGUGACUCCCUUGCGGCAUUGGAGAAGGAGAAGGAUCGGUUGUUGACAGCGCUGCGUGAUGCGGAGCACAACUAUGAUUCGGUGGAUUUGGAAUUGCAGGAUGUGCUGGAGUCUCAAAUUGCCGCAGAGGAGGAAGCUGCUGCACUCCUAGAGAAUUUCGCAAAGGAUGGUACUGAUCAUGCUGAUUCAGUAAGCAAGCAAGCAGAAGAAAUGUCACUGAAAGAAAUAGAAGGGUGGCAAGAAUCAAUGGAAUUGUUAGAAACAAAUAAACUAGAGAUGGAAGUAGAAAGUGAAUUAGUUUUGGCAGCACGUUCAGGAUUGGAAAAUUCAAUAGAACAUUUAAUUGAGGACGACAAAAGAGAAAAGGACAUGCUGAGUAAGAAAGGAGAUACUUUUGCAGAGGAGUUAGCUGAGCUCCUGAAAUUGGUAAGGUUGAAAGAAGCAGAGAUAGCUGAAAACAAUUCUCGGAUCCAAGAGGUUCAAGAAAGGAUCACUUCUGUUGUCUCCAGAUUUUAUGGAUCCCAGUCAGAUAUUGACCUAAAGCUCAAAACGCUGCACGAAGCACAAACUAAAAUGGACUCAGAGGCUCAAGCACUUGUCCUAAAAAAGAGUGAAAUCGAUAAUUUCAUCUCCUUAACAGAACAGAAGGACUCAAACUUACGGGAAAUUAUCAAUGCUUGUUCCUCUGAAGCAAAGGCUUGCCAGCAAUCAGUAGAAAUCAGAAGGAAGCUUGCAUCAUCAAUUUUGAAGUCAAGGGAGGACAGAAUUGGGUUUUUAAAAAUGGAAGAGGAAAUUCUGCAAGAUAUCCAAGUGCUCAGGCAGCAAACAUCAGAUGCAAGAACCAGUCUUCAGGAGAUAUCUUCAAGGAAGGCAGUCAUACAGCAAGAUAUAGCUACAUUUAAGCAGAAAUUGAGCUUUAUUGACAAAAGGGGCCCUGAACUAGAGGCUGAAAAGAAAGUUGCUGCUGCGGCAAGGAAUUUCAAGGAAGCUGGAAGGAUAGCUGCAGAGGCUAAAGCACUUAAUUCUGAAAAGGAAGAGCUUCAUGCUAAACUUGAGAAAGCUGCUACUGAUCUGGAGGCAAUAGAAAAGGAUAUCACAGCAACCACCGUCAAAAUACAGGAAUGCGAAGGGCUUAUUAUUCUCAAAGAAAAAGAAUCAGCCAUGACAAGUUACAAAAGGCUUAGGUUGGAUGCUGCUGCUGCUAGAGCAGAAUUGACUGCUGCAAGUGAAACAGAUGACAGUGAAGAGGUUGAGGUUCUGCUGAAAGAAGCUGAAGCUGCAGAAUCUAAAGCAAUGGAACUCAAAACAUGCUAUGACCUUGAGCUGGAUGACAAUGAAGUCAUGUUUCAGCCUGUUGUCCCUAUAGUAUUCAUAACCAAUUCAACAGGGCAGCAUUUGUCAGAAAUUGCUUCUUCUUUUGGUCUAUCCCCCUAGAAGUGAGCUUGAAGCCUUGGAGGAAAAAUCUGUGCUGGAACCAAAGCCCGUUUCUGGCUGUAGAUGUCUUUCUCAGUGUCCCUCGCCUCCUAGCAUUAGGGAUUCAAGGGGAUAAUAGGAGACAGCAAGUGUACAACAUCCAUUUUGCCUACUCAACUCUUCAGGGAGUUUGUCUCCCCCUAAUUUUUUGUGUACAUUAAGACUGUAAUUCUUUGUUGUUGUGAUAAAUUUUGGUUGAGAUACAAUAACUUGUCAUUAAUCGGAAUGUAAUCAGAA